UCUGCUACAGGCCAUAGAACUAGAGACUGAGCUCACAACCAUGGCGCCAGCUCUUCUUCAUUUGAAUUCUACAUCAGUUAUGGCCUGUGUCAGCCUCAAAGAGACCGUUCUUGACAGACCUCAACUCCCGGAGAAGACCCGAAACGCCCGCGUUUUGGUUUUGGGAGGCACUGGCCGCGUUGGAGGCUCCACUGCCAUCGCUCUAUCCAAGCUCUCGCCUCAACUUCAAAUCGUUGUUGGCUGUCGAAACCGGGAAAAGGGUGCUGCAAUGGUGGACAAAUUGGGGAAGAACUCUGAAUUUACUGAAGUUAACAUUGAUAAUCUAGAUUCAUUGGAAUUAGCUUUGAGAGAUGUGGAUCUUGUAGUCCAUGCUGCAGGGCCUUUUCAACAGGCAAAGAAUUGCAAUGUGCUGGAAGCCGCUAUAGAGACCAAGACAGCAUAUUUGGAUGUUUGUGAUGAUACGAGCUAUGCAUUGCGUGCAAAAUCCUUGAAGGAUAGAGCAAUAGCUGCACAUGUUCCAGCAAUAACUACCGGUGGAAUCUAUCCUGGAGUGAGCAAUGUGAUGGCUGCAGCGCUAGUUCGUGCUGCAAGAGAUGAAAGCAAGGGGGAACCAGAGAGGCUAAGGUUCAGCUAUUAUACAGCAGGCACUGGUGGUGCUGGUCCUACAAUAUUAGCUACUAGUUUUUUACUUCUUGGAGAGGAAGUUGUUGCAUAUAGUAAAGGAGAAAAGCUCAAACUAAAGCCAUACAGUGGAAUGCUCAAUGUUGAUUUCGGAAAAGGAAUUGGAAGAAAAGAUGUCUUUCUAUUGAAUUUACCGGAGGUUCGAAGUGCUCAUGAAAUCCUUGGAGUACCAACUGUUAGCGCUCGCUUUGGAACUGCACCAUUCUUCUGGAAUUUGGGAAUGAUUGCCAUGACAAAGCUUCUUCCUCCUGAGUAUCUGAGAGACCGAAACAAAGUCCAACAGCUGGUUCAAUUGUUUGAUCCUGUUGUCCGGGCAUUUGAUAAGAUUGCUGGAGAACGUGUAUCUAUGAGGGUUGACUUGGAGUGCUCAGAUGGUCGCAAUACGGUUGGCAUCUUUAGUCACAGGAGGCUAUCUGUAUCUGUGGGAACUGCUACAUCAGCUUUUGCCCUUGCACUUCUUGAGGGAGUCACACAGCCAGGGGUUUGGUUUCCUGAAGAGCCUGAAGGAAUUGCAAUCGAGGCAAGGGAAGUUCUGCUUGAGCGUGCGGCACAAGGAACAAUAAACUUCGUAAUGAACAAGCCACCAUGGAUGGUGGAAACAGAACCAAAAGAGAUUGGAUUAGGAAUCUACGUAUAAUGAUGAAGAAAAGAAACUCGAAUUAUAUAUCAAUAUUCUACUUCAGCAUCUUCACCAUACCAUGAAGGUAGAACUUCCGGGCAUAAGUUGUAACAUCUAGUUAUCCAUAUUUCUUGAUGAUUCACUGAAGUUUGAAAUCUCAGGUAUCGGAAAUUAUAGAUUGUCAAAAGCAACGCCUGUGUUGCGGGGACAUCAGUUCUUUACAGGAAAAAGCAAGUGACAUGUUGUAACUAUUGACAAGCUGCCCUUUUGGAGUAAUCUACACUUUUCUUAUAAUGCUUUGAGCAAAGAUGUUUCAAAAAAAGCAUUUUCAUUCAUUUUAAAUUAUCAUCUUAAGUUUACACCAA